UCCAAAAUCACAACAUUCUUCUUCUCCUUCUUCUUCACACACACAACAAAAUUAUCAAAAAAAUUGCAACAACAUAUUGCCAUUUAAAGAUCAGUCAUAAUAGAUAAAAAUGAGAAGCGGAGGUUACACCCUUCACCAUUCUCUAACAGUUGAAGCCACGGCCAUCGUGAAGCAAGCGGUGAGCCUAGCCAGGCGGCGCGGCCACGCUCAAGUGAGCCCCCUCCACGUGGCGAGCGCCAUGCUGGCAUCUCCGGGGGGGCUUCUGAAGCGGGCUUGCCUCCAAUCCCACUCCCAUCCAUUGCAGUGCAAGGCCCUCGAGCUGUGCUUCAAUGUGGCGCUGAACCGCCUCCCGAACUCGGCCUCAGCCCCGGUCCUGGGGCCCCACUCCCACCUCCCGUCCCUCUCCAACGCCCUGGUGGCGGCCUUCAAGCGCGCCCAGGCCCACCAGCGCCGCGGCUCCAUCGAGAACCAGCAGCAGCCCAUCUUAGCCCUCAAAGUGGAGAUGGAGCAGCUUGUAAUCUCCAUCCUCGACGACCCCAGCGUCAGCAGAGUCAUGCGCGAGGCCGGCUUCUCCAGCACUCAGGUCAAGUCCAACGUUGAGCACCACAAGUCCUCCUCCCAACCUCCCCCUCCCAUCGCCGCUACUCAUACUAAUACUACUCAAUCAACAAAAAUCUUGCUCCCUCCCGCGAAUCUGAGCCAGUUCCGGGCUGAGAGCGGGGGGGAUGUGGCGGGUGUGGUGGAGGCGAUGUCGAGCAAGAGGACGAGGAACGUGGUGGUGGUGGGGGAGAGCGUGGAGGCGGGGGAGGGCGUGGUGAGGAAGGUGAUGGAGAAGUUCGAGAGGAGGGAGGUGCCGCAGGAGAUGAGGACGGUGCAGUUCAUCAGCGUGCCUCUUCUCACCCUUGGAGACAUUUCAAAGGAGGAGUUUGAAACGAAGCUGGGGGAGCUGAGGUCGCUGGUGAAGUCGUACGUCGGGAGAGGAGUGGUUCUGUAUCUCGGCGAUCUCGACUGGGUGUCCGACUUCUGGUGCAAGUACGACGCGAGGAGCAACGUGUUCUACAGCCCCGUGGAGUACAUGAUCAUGGAGCUCAGCAGGUUGGUCUGUGGAAGCGGCGGAGACCGUCUCUGGCUGAUGGGAGUCGCCACUUUUCAGACCUACGCCAAGUGCACGGCCGGCCGCCCUUCGCUUCAGACGCUAUGGUCGCUUCAUCCCCUCACGCUGCCGCUCCAAACCACCUCCUUGGCUCUCGGUCUCAGCCUUGACGGUGGCGUGCAUGAUCGAACAAGCAACGUCGACGAUGAAAUGAAGAAGCACUUGGUUUGCUGCUGGGAUUGCGCAGACAGUUUUAAGAAAGAGGCGCAAGCUGUGAUCAGCAGCGGCGGCGAGGACGCGAGUUCAACGCUGCCGUCAUGGCUCCAGCAGUACAAGGAUGAGAAGAGAAAGGAAUUAAUUAGUUUCAAUCAGGAAUCUGAGAAAGUAAAGGAUCUUUGCAAGAAAUGGAACAAAAUAUGCAGCUCAGUUCACAAGAAACCCCAUUUUCUCGAAAAAGUGAUGAAUCUAUCAUCGUCGUCUCCCUCCUCAUCCACCUCAACCGAUCACAAGAAGCGGAACCUUCUCAACUGGCCGGGGAUAUUGGAUUGCGAGGCUGAGGUUUCCAAGCCACCAACGGCCGUGAAACCGGAACUCCUAUCAAACCCUAAUUCCAGCCCCAAUUCAGCUUCCUCGAGCGAAGCAAGCGAAGAUAUGAAGCUUCUUAACAAAUUCGACGAGCUAAAUUCGGAAAAUCUCAGCAUUCUCACAGCUGCAUUAGAGAAGAAAGUGCAAUGGCAGAAGCACAUCGUUCCGGAAAUCGCGACGGCGAUCCUUCGUUGCCGGUCGGGGACGACGAAGAAAGGCGAGGGCAGGAGAGAGAGCUGGUUAGGUUUCCUAGGAGGCGACGACAGCGGCAAGGAGCUGAUGGCGAAGGAGAUCGCUAAGGUGGUGUUCGGAUCCGAAGACGACUUUGUCGCCUUCGGAAUCAGCCGCUUCUCGUCGAAGAGAGACGAUUCGACGACGGAGGAGGUGGCGAGCGGCGAGAAGAGGGGGAGAGACGAGCAUGGAGGGAGCGUGUACGACAGAUUUGCCGAAGCGGUUGGCGACAAUCCGAGGCAGGUGUUGUACGUGGAAGAUGUAGAUGAGAUGGAUUACGGCAGUGUGAAAGGGUUCGAGCGAGCUAUGCGAGACGGCGGCGUUUUGGUUGAGGGUGAGUUUUUGCCGCUCAAGGAUGCUAUCGUCGUAUUCAGCUGUGCGGCGGCGGCGCAUUCUUCUACCGGUGAGAGAGAGAGAGAUGAUGAGCAAGAGCAAUGUGGAGCGUUGGAUUUGAAUAUUGCGACGGAAGAUGGGAGGAUUGUGGAUUUGGUUGACAUGCAAGUGCUGUUCACUAUCCAAAUAUUGUAAAUUAGCUGAGGGGGUGAUUUUUUUGUUGUAUUUUUGUUACUGAAUGUUUUUACUAGUUGAUCUUUCACAUAUGGGGUUGAGGGUAAAGAAGUUCAAAUUGUAAUGUUGAUUAGCUAUAUAUUACUAAAAAUUAAGAUGUGCACUACUUCUUUCUUUGAA